CGACUCCUCUAGUGCAACUCACAAGAGCCAUGAUUCCACACGAUUUUUCUCGAAUAGACCCCAAGCGACGUGUCAAUCUUGAUUACAAGAAAAGACAAUUCGCAAAACCAGAGUUCAAGCACCAGAAGUAUGAACACAGACUCAACUACUACAUCCUACCCCCAACGGCGGAGAUCACCUUGGAGGAGUUUGAGACAUGGGCGAUCAAUCGACUAAAGGUUCUCUCCGAACUCGAAGCAUGUACCUUCCGCAACCGCACCCCCGAAGAAACCGCUGAGUAUAUGACGAGCAUCGUGAACAAAUACCUCCCUCUCCGAUCUAACUCGUCACGAGGCCAGAAUCUGCAAGAGGAGAGGAAGAAAGAUCACUAUUCGCAUUUCAUUCUUCGACUGGCAUUUUCCGCAACCGAGGAUCUCCGGAGACGGUUUUCGAGGUUGGAGACAAUGUUAUUCAGAUUAAGGUUCAAAGACGAUGACCCAAGGGAAAGGAAGGAUUUCGUCAGUGGUUUGAAGUUAGAAUGGGAGGAGGUCGGUGCAGAUGAGAAGAGGGAGCUAGGGAAUGAGUUGGCAGCCGCCGGAGGAGUGAAGGGAGAGGAACAGGAGUGGUUUAAAGUUGAUUGGGAACGCGUCCCGGAGCUGGUGGAACAACGGAGAGUGCUUCUGAAGAGAGGUAAGGCAUACGUGCCUCAGAGGGAACAGAUCAGCCUGGUCGUGGCCGAGUUCACUAGACGAUUAGAUGAAGCCUUGGAGUUAACCUCCCGCGCUCUCCCCCGUCUUGACGAAGACGACCGCCUCGCCCCCAUCCUCGCACACCUCUCACACUCCUUCACCUCACCCGACGCCGCAUACUCUUCCUCCGAUGCCUCCAUCGACGGCCUGUCUACCAUAACCGCAAACGCCAUCGAUACUCUCUCCCAGCACUUCCCACUCUGCAUGCAGAACCUGCACAUGACGCUCCGCGCAAACUCGCAUCUCAAGCACUACGGCCGCCUCCAAUACACCCUUUUCCUCAAAGGCAUCGGAUUAAGCUUAGACGAAUGUAUCAUGUUCUGGCGCCGCAGCUUCAAACUCAUGACCGAUGACAAAUUCAGCAAAGAAUACAAGUACAACAUCCGACAUGCAUACGGGGAUGUCGGCGGCGAUGCAAACCGACGCGGACGCGGAUACACCCCGUAUUCCUGCCAAAAGAUUCUGACCGAGCCUCUCCCUGGCCCUGGACAAUCUCAUGGGUGUCCGUACCGCACGUUCACUCAGGAUAAUCUCAAUGCACUUCUUCAACGCACUGGUGUGAAUGAUAAAGAUCUAUUGAAGGUAGUUAAGGAUGAUGUGAGCAAGCAGAGAUAUCAUGUUGCGUGUAACAGAGUGUUUGAGUGGGCACAUAGGAGGGAAAUCAAGAAGGUCAAGGAUGAUGGGACGUGGAGUGCGACGGAUUUGGAUACAAUUGUGCAUCCGAAUACGUAUUUCAAGAGGGGUUGGCUAUUGAAGCAUCUUGGGGACGGGAAUGCGGGGGUAGUUAACGGGGGCGAGAAGAUGGAGGAGUAGGAUGAUCACGAUGAUGGGGUUGCUUGGACGACCUUAAUGUGGUAUUGCAUAGUGUUGCUUCCUUGCUUUCUCGAGAUUUUGGG